UUCAAUUCCCACAGACCUCCUCCCUGACCUUUUUUGCUUUCUUCUUCCAGUUCCAGACCCGGCUUUAAAUUGAAAGCGCCCUUUCACCGUUCACUAUGUCCGAACUCCUCGUCAACUCCCAGCACGGCCACCUGAGCGCCUCGCAGCGCAUCCCGGCCAUUGCCAGACCUUUUGUCAGCGAGCGUGCUGCAAAGGCCCUGGACCUUGUCGAGAAGUUCGUCGAGGAGGAAUGUAUCCCCGCCGAUGCCGUCUACCUGCGGCAGAUUGGUCAGACGACGCAGGAGCGUUUCUCCGCACACCCUCCCGUCCUUGAGGACCUGAAGAAGAGGGCCCGGGAGCUGGGUCUGUGGAACAUGUUCCUGCCCAAGAACCACUUCAAGGAGGGUGCUGGCUUCAGCAACCUCGAGUACGGCCUCAUGGCCGAGUACCUUGGCAAGAGCGUGACGGCCAGCGAGGCUACCAACUGCGCCGCCCCGGACACUGGCAACAUGGAGGUGCUCGCCAAGUACGGCAACGAGGAGCAGAAGCGUCGCUGGCUCGACCCGCUUCUGGAGGGCAAGAUCCGCUCUGCUUUCCUCAUGACGGAGCCCCAGGUUGCGUCCAGCGAUGCCACCAACAUUGAACUGUCCAUCAAGCGUGAUGGCGAUCACUACGUCCUCAACGGCCAGAAAUGGUGGUCCUCGGGCGUCGGCGACCCCCGCUGCGAAAUCUACAUCGUCCUAGGCAAAACCGACCCCAACAACGCCAACAAGUACAAACAACAAUCCGUCAUCCUGGUCCCGCACAACACACCCGGCAUCACCGUCGAGCGCAUGCUCUCCGUCAUGGGCUACGACGACGCCCCCCAUGGCCACGGGCACGUCAUCUUCAACAACGUGCGCGUCCCCGCCGCCAACAUGGUCCUCGGCGAGGGCCGCGGCUUCGAAAUCAUCCAGGGCCGCCUGGGCCCCGGGCGAAUCCACCACGCCAUGCGCAGCAUCGGCGCCGCCGAAAAGGCCCUCGAGUGGUUCCUCGCGCGCCUCAACGACCCGCGCAAGAAGCCUUUCGGCGAGAUGCUGCACAAGCACGGCAUCAUGCUCGAGCGGGUCGCGCGCUCGCGCAUCGAGAUUGACGCCGCGAGGCUCGCUGUCCUGAACGCCGCCAUCAAGAUCGACGAGUCGGAUGCCAAGGGCGCGCUCAAGGAGAUUGCGGAGGUCAAAGUCUUGGUGCCCGCUGUGAAUCUAAAGGUCAUCGAUUGGGCUAUCCAGGCUUAUGGUGGUGCCGGCGUCUCGCAGGAGACGCCGCUGGCGAGCAUGUAUGGGUCUGGCAGGACGAUGCGGAUUGUUGAUGGGCCUGAUGAGGUGCAUUUGCUGCAGUUGGGCAGGAACGAGAAUAAGCGGGGGUUGGCGCACAAGGCGAGAUUGGAGGCGCAGAAGAAAAAGGGCGAGGAGCUGUGCAGGAAGUAUGGGCUUGAGCCCGUGGAUCCGUUGUACCUCGGCCGGAAGUCGGGGGAGUCGAGUAAGUUGUAGAUAAGUAAGUACAUAAGUGGGUUUGUAAGUGAACAAAGGGGUGAGGUGAUGUCGAAAAGAUAUACGCAGUUGGAUUAAUUGCAUGAUUG